GCGGCGGCAGCUCCACUCGUCAGGAGCCGCCACCAUGACGGACCGUUCCACCUUCGACACCAAUGUCAUCACCAUGACCCGCUUCGUGAUGGAAGAGGGCAGGCGGGCGAAAGGCACUGGGGAGUUCACGCAGCUCCUCAACUCCCUCUGCACAGCCAUCAAAGCUAUCUCUACCGCCGUCCGUAAAGCGGGCAUCGCCAACCUCUAUGGAAUCGCAGGGUCUACCAAUGUGACAGGAGAUCAGGUAAAGAAGCUGGAUAUCCUUUCCAAUGACCUGGUGAUUAACAUGCUCAAGUCGUCCUUCAGUACAUGUGUUAUCGUGUCAGAAGAAAACAAAGAUGCUGUGAUAGUGGACGCUGAUAAAAGGGGUAAAUACAUAAUCUGCAUAGACCCUCUAGAUGGCUCUUCAAACAUUGACUGUCUUGUUUCCAUUGGGACCAUUUUUGCCAUCUAUAAAAAGGUGUCCCCCAAUGAACCUUCUGGGAAAGAUGCUUUACAGCCUGGGCGUAAUCUUGUGGCUGCUGGUUAUGCUCUCUAUGGGAGUGCCACAAUGCUGGUAUUGGCCACUUCUGCUGGAGGUGUCAAUUGUUUUAUGCUGGAUCCGGCUAUUGGAGAAUUCAUUUUGGUGGACAGGGAUGUGAAAAUCAAGAAGAAGGGGAAUAUCUACAGUCUCAAUGAAGGCUAUGCUAAAUACUUUGAUCCUGCAGUCACAGAAUAUCUCAAAAAGAAGAAAUUCCCUGAGGAUGGCAGUUCACCAUAUGGUGGGAGGUACAUUGGAUCUAUGGUGGCUGAUGUGCAUCGCACACUGGUGUAUGGAGGAAUCUUUCUGUAUCCCGCUAACUCCAAAAGUCCCAAAGGGAAGCUGAGACUGCUCUAUGAAUGCAAUCCUAUGGCUUUUGUUAUUGAGAAGGCUGGGGGAAUAGCAACAACUGGGCACCAAGCAAUACUAGAUAUCGUGCCUGAAGACAUCCACCAAAGAGUGCCUGUUAUCUUGGGAUCUCCUGAUGAUGUGAACGAGUACCUUGAGAUAGUCAAGAAGCAUUCCGCUAAGUAAAGCAUGCCUGCUGAAGU